AUGAAACGAGGCUACCGAGAAUCUCCUUCAUCUUCAUUCGCUCCACCUCAAUCUAAAUCUAGACAUAAUUCUCAAGGUGAUGCCAAUUUCCUCGAGGAUGAAACCACCAAGAAUUUUGCUCAGAAAGUAGCUGAUCAUUACAGUGCAAGAUCAAACCAGACCCUGGAACAACGAGAAGCUAGCCCAAUUAUUCAUUUGAAGAAACUCAAUAACUGGAUUAAGAGUGUCUUAAUUCAGCUUUACGCUCGCCGAGGAGAUGCAGUACUUGACCUAGCCUGUGGCAAGGGCGGUGAUCUUAUUAAAUGGGACAAAGCCAAAAUUGGAUAUUAUGUUGGUAUUGACAUUGCUGACGGUUCUAUCAAAGAUUGCCGUACCCGUUACAAUGGUGAUGCUGACCAUCAUCAACGACGUAAAAAGUUUUCAUUUCCUGCUCGUCUCAUGUGUGGAGAUUGUUAUGAGGUUCGCUUAGACAAAGUUCUUGCAGAUGAUGCUCCUUUUGAUAUCUGUAGUUGCCAGUUUGCUUUGCAUUACUCCUGGUCUACAGAGGCACGUGCUCGGAGAGCAUUGGCUAAUGUGUCAGCUUUACUUCGUCCAGGUGGCAUUUUCAUUGGAACUAUGCCAGAUGCCAAUGUGAUUAUCAAGAAGCUUAGAGAAGCUGAAGGGUUGACUUUUGGCAACAGUGUCUACUGGAUCCGUUUUGACGAAGAAUUUUCUGAUAAGAAAUUUAAAUCUUCCAGCCCCUUUGGAACCAAGUACACGUUCCAUUUGGAGGAUGCUGUUGAUUGUCCUGAAUGGAUUGUCCCCUUUGAUGUAUUCAAGUCGUUAGCUGAAGAGUAUGAUUUUGAGCUUGUUUUUGCAAAGAACUCGCAUGAAUUUGUUCACGAGUAUAUGAAACGACCGGAAUUUGUGGAGCUCAUGCGAAGACUUGGUGCGUUGGGGGAUGGCAACCAAGAUCAAGGUACACUAUCAGCUGAUGAAUGGGAAGCAGCAUAUUUAUACAUGUCAUUUGUAUUGAGAAAGCGAGGCCAACCUGACAAAAACCAAGCGAGCAGCAAAAAAGACCGAGGAUUGAUGCAUAUUACAGAAGACGACAUAAUGUUUAUUAAUGGCUAUGACUAUUGA